ACAUUUAAAUUUCAAUCUAAUAUAAUAUAUUAAUAUAAAAUUACUGUGAUAAACAAUGACUUUAUAUUUUGACAUACGAGUGCAAAAUCCUGAAGCUGCUUCAAUUAAUACUUUUAUAACUUGGCACAACAACUAUCCCUUGUUAGCUGUUUCCGCAUAUUCUCAAGACAAGGGUGGCUUUGUUACCAUUUAUGAUGACCAAGGUGAACCUGUUCAGGACAUAGAGUCACCAGGACACAUUGUGGCACAAGUAACUGCACUCGGAUGGCAUCCUGAGAGGACAUGGCUGGCAGCAGGAUGGGAAAGUGGAGAGUUACGCGUAUGGCCAGGUGAUACUGGAACUCAAGAAUUCACUGUAGUAGUAACUCCUCAUCGAGAAUCUAUCACAAUUUUGCAAUGGAGCCAGUUUGGCGGUCGCUUGGUAUCUGCAGAUUCCAGUGGAUCUCUAGUUGGCUGGAAAAUAGACUCCAGAGGACAACUUUUUAUGACAUUCCAUCAUGAACUAAAAGAGUCUUUUACACAAAUUGCAUUUAGAACAGUUCCCCCAAAACCAGCUGUUGACAUUAGUGGCUUAGCAAAGGCAGCAGUGGCUGGCGACGAAAGAGCUUUGGAUUUAUUUAGUUCAUGGCGUCCAAGAACCGCUGCACCGACAGUUAAUUCAACUCAGCGAGACAAUCAUUCGUUUUAUAUUGGUACUGCAACUGGUAUCAUAUACUUUGUUGACUCUCAGGGACAAUGUAAGGAAGUUCUCAGUACUGAUGGUGCAACAUUAUAUUGUUUGUUGUAUCAUCAGACUAGGGACUCUAUUAUCAUCAUGACAGAGGGAUUAAAUAUUGGACAUUUUCAGUCAGAUUCAAUCAAUGGAGAACUCACUGAAUUGACCAAGGUAAAAUUAAGUAGCAGAAAUGAUAUAUCGCGCAGUACCAGCACUACCUUAUGCUGGAUCAGUGGAAACACUUUGGCGGUGCUCACGGGAGAACUCGCUGUACGAUGUUUGGAUCUUUAUACAGGUGACACGUAUGUUCUCUCGCCUCCAGAUUCAUCUAACGGAAACAUUGCCACUCCUCAGGAAAUGUGUACCAGUUUAGCGUUCUGCAAAAGCAAUGAUACUUUGGCUGCUGGAACCAAUCUGGGGACAAUCUACUUGUGGAAGCGAAAAUCCUCUUCCGAUAGCGAUGAGAACGCUUGGCCGAGCAUGCCGGAGUGCUGCACGAUUCACGGAACGGUGAAGCAACUGGUGUGGGGCACCAGUUUAUCACGGAAUUCUCUUUUGGCCGUCAACUGCAUUACCAACGUGUUCAUCCUGCGUCAGCAGCCGAUGUGCGCUGUAUACAACGAUGGUGUUUGCGCGAGUCAACUUACACCGACGCAGAUUCUGCUCGAGAUGGACGGGCAGAGCUAUACGUUGAAGACGGAGAUCCAGGUGCAGGCAAUUGCCGUUACGAAGGAGUACGUCGCCGUCUCUUCCGGUAGACAGAUUAUCGUCAGUCGUAUUAACAAAAGUCCCAGUAUCAGCACGACUGUUUUGGCGACUUUCGCCUGCGACACCGAAAAGAUGCUCAUCUAUGAACAUACGUUGAUUGUACUGACUCCGGUGAUCAUUCAAUUACGCUCUGUAGAAGGUUCCGUCAUUCAGACACUUCCCACUUUGCCGGAAGAGGGCGAGCCGAUCACGAUGGAAUUGACGAGACACUAUUUGACUGUCGCUUCAUUGAAUGGGAUCCUGAAGAUCUGGGACUUGGGCAAGCACGAAGCUAAGUUGCACACUCGAGCUAUGGCGACGUAUGAGGCAAUCAGUGACUUUGCCGAAAUCAUCGAGGCUAGAUGUAAUUCGGAUUGCCGCUGCGUCUCAAUCACUGUUGCAAUGGCGAAUUUGAUGCCCAGUUCGAUUUUAUACGUUUGGGACAUUGAAAGCGAUCAGGUCCACGAGUUUGAUUUCGGAGAGUCAAAUGACAUCAUUGACGACGACUCCAUGUUAACUGCACAAUGCAGAGGAAGAUUAGUUACAGCGCAUUGCUGGGAUAUGGAGGAUUCUAGAUUACUUGUAUGUCGAGCUCAAAGAUUGGAAAGUCGUGAUUCUAAGAACUUCUAUAAGGGCGAAAAUAAUAAGAUUACACAAGCUCCUGUGGUAUUGGUAUCAUUAUUUGCGACAUCAGAUCAUGGUAUUGUCGUGCAAGACGUGAAGCCGAUAGCUGACGAGAACUGCCAAUUAUUAGGUGUGCACUCGCCAUACAUCUUUAUUUUAAACUCUGAAAAGAGUGUGGAUAGAAACAGCAAGGUCGCGCAGUUGUUAAUGAGAGAUUUCGAAGAAUUGGGAGACUGCGAUUCUGUCACGAAGAAGGCAGUGAUGGAUUUUAGUUAUCAUAUUAGCGUGGCGAAUAUGGAGGAGGCUUUUAAAGCCAUUAAAUCGAUCAAAAAUGAGACUGUUUGGAAAAGCUUGGCCAAAAUGUGCGUGAAAACGAAGCAACUGAAUAUGGCUCUUCUCUGUCUCGGUCAUAUGAAGCAAGCCAAUGCUGCACGGGCUCUACGUGAAGCGAUGCAGAACGAUACCUUGAAUUUAGAAGCAAAAGUAGGAAUACUGGCUGUUGAACUUGGUCUUUAUACUGAUGCCGAACAUUUAUUUCGGGAAGCGAAACGUUUGGAUCUGCUUGGACAGUUGUUCGAAGCCCAGAGCAAGUUCAAGGAAGCGAUUGGAUUAGCCAGUAACGAGAAUAAGAUUCGAGAGAAGACAAGCUACUAUAAUUACGCUCGUACACUAGAGCAGCAAGGUAAAGUGGCGGAAGCUAUCGACAUGUACACCAAAGCCGAUUGCCAUCGAUUUGAGGUGCCCAGAAUGCUUUUGAUGAGACCUCGGGAGCUCCUUACUUAUCUCAAUAAUUCCGAGGAAUUGGAAAUUAAAAAUUGGCAUGCCCAAUACACCGAGUCGACUGGCGACAUGGAGACUGCUUUGCAUCUUUACGAGCAGGCAAAGGACACUUUGUCGAUGACAAGACUACUUUGUUAUUUCAAUAGAGAGGACGAAGUGUGCGAAUUGGUGACUAAAACGGGUCAUGCUGCAUCAGCAUAUCAUCUCGCCGCCCAUUACGAAUCGAAGAAUAAUGUGUCACAAGCGAUCCACUUUUAUACAGUUGCUAAAGCUUAUACUAACGCAAUUCGACUGUGCAAGGAGCAUGACAUGCUGGAGGAACUAUGGCCACUGGCUAUUUUAGCGCCACGACAUUCGCAGAUAGACGUUGCCAAAUUCUACGAGGACAACAAUCAGCCGGAUCGCGCGGUGAUGCUGUACCACAAAGCCAAUCUUUUGCAUAAAGCUCUGGAUGUUGCCUUUAGAACGCGCCAAUAUAGCGCGUUACAGCUGAUCAUCAUGGAUGUAAACGCGGAUUCCGACCCAGCGUUGAUUCGCAAGUGUGCCGAUUACUUCAUGCAAAAUGAUCAGAUCGACAAAGCGGUAGAUUUGCUCGCGACCGGGAAGGACUACAUGGCAGCCCUGGAUCUGAUUCAGCAGCAUAACGUCGUGUUGAGCGAGGAGCUCGCGGAAAAAUUAACGGUUGACAAGAGAGGCGACGACGACGCGGAGCACGAAAAUAUGAGGAUCUAUACGCUGGAGAAGAUCGCAGAGAUAGCUUUCGAUCAAGGAAAUUACCAUCUCGCGACCAAGAAAUUCACACAAGCUGGAAACAAGUUGCGCGCUAUGAAAGCGCUGCUCAAGUCUGGCGACACCGAGAAGAUCUGUUUCUUCGCGCAAGUGUCGCGGAACAGCGAGAUCUAUAUCAUGGCAGGCAAUUAUCUGCAAUCCUUAGACUGGCAGAAUCAGCCGGAGAUUCUGAAAAAUAUUAUCAGCUUCUAUUCCAAAGGCAAGGCGAUGGAUCUGUUAGCGAAUUUUUAUGUAGCAUGCGCGCAGGUAGAGAUCGAUGAAUUUCAGAAUUAUGACAAAGCGCUGGACGCGUUGAAUCAAGCCAGCAAGUGUCUGAUUAAAGUAGCGACACCGCGUGAUCCAGAUGUUCACAAGCGAGCGGUGGAAUUGGUCAACAACAGAAUGUCAACGAUUAAGCGUUAUUUGGAUAUUAAAAGAUUAUUUGAGAGAGGCGAGACGGAGACGGCAAUGCAACAGGUCCGAUAUUUACUGGAUUCCCAAGGAUCCAAUUUGGAACAAUCGGUGCGUCGCGGUGAUUUAUUUGCGACAAUUACACAGCAUUAUGCCAAUAUAGGAAACACUGAGAAAGCUUGGGCUACCAUCGAGGAAUUGAAACGCUUGGUACCAGGAAUUAAUUUGAGUUAUUACUUCAACGUAAAUCUUCUCGAGCAAUUAGGGUAUAAAAUGACGGUGCAACGGCAGGAUGGUUCCGAUAAGGAUGACGGAAUUGAAGAGUUAUUAGGAGAAUGAAGUUUUAUUAAGAAAAUAUUAAUAUUUCAAAUUAGAAAAUUAAUAUACAGAGUAUCCCAAAAUUAGAUUGACAAACUUCAGAUGAUUAUAAGACGUUAAAGCAAGAUUUUGUCAAUAAACCCAUGUCUGCAAAUGUAAAUGUAAUGUCUGCAAAAAUAUCGAUCAGUUCUUCAUAAAAAAACUUGUCGAUUUCGAACAUGAAUCUCGACUAAAUAGUAAUAAAUACGGAGUGUGACGCCGAAUGAAUACUCAAUAAUGCUGUAAUACUGAGCUUUUAGUUAACAAUGUCUUGUCUUCUUUAAACAAUGUUAAAUAAAUUCUUAUUCAAAUAGUGUCUUAUUAGUCAAACAAUUUUCUACAUAUAUUAAUAUUUUAGUUUCAGAUUCUCUAGUACCGGUCUAAUUUGUCGGUAUAAUUUUGGGAUACCCUAUAUAAAGAAUUAAUAAAUGAAAAAAUAAUUAAAUUAGAAAUAGGAUAAAGUAGACACAUGUUUAAAGUAUUACAUGUAUGGGCUAAAGAUGUCUGUUAGAAAGCACACUCAACUAAUAAUUAUUCCUAAACAAAUAAGCGAUCUCUAUAAAUACGUGAGACUCUAACUCGAUGAUCUGCUAAAAAACGAAGAGCUAUGCAUCACGUAGUUCAGUAAAUGGCAUCAAUCAAUAUUAAGUAAUGAAAAAAAGCACUAGAGAUAAUAAGUUAAAAGUAAUUAUAUAGAUGCAAUAGAAUUUGUAUAUAAAACGUUUAAUUAGAUCAGUUUGAUCCGUCCUUAUAUAUUUUUACGAUAUUUUUGUAAAAUAAAUCUAGUGAAGUAGUGAUUUAUAUAUUUGUUUCUGACAUCCAAAUACAUAUUUAUCUAUUGUUACACGCUUAUAAA